AAGAAAUGUCUGCAGUAACCAGAGAUGAUUCGGCAUCUCAGUUGACUGAGCAAAUGAAAGCUAAGAUUUCCGAGGCAGUCGGAAAAGCUCUGGAAAAUAGUCUAUCACAUUAUAUUGAUAGAUUACAAACCACAAUCGUACCGGUGGUGGAUGGUAUGAUGGCUGAAUUGAAAGACAUCAUAUUACAAGAAAUAGAAGAGAGGAGGGUAUUGGAUAUGAAUCCAAGUUCCGUAAAGAAGUCCAAGUCUAAUAAAGCUCCCAAGAGAGGAGUUACAAAAACUGUGUUACAUCAGUGCAAAUUUUGCGGAAAAAUUCACAAGGGCACGUGUGGUAAGCCAAGACACAAGAAGUCUAAACGUCCAGAAAGGCUUGGAACCAAAGACGCAACUGACACAAUGUCUGAUGCCCAGAAGUCAAGGACAAGGUCGUUUUAUAUAACAGCCGCAGAGGCUAAAACUGAACCCGAUAUCAUUUCAGGCAAAAGAAUUGAAUCUUUAAGCGGGCGAGCCGGAGUUGAUACACGCUUGAAGGAAAAGCACUAAAGUUUUUAGGUAUCCAAGGACUACGGAUGAUGGUCAAGCUAGCUUUUGAAGAACCGAACACAAACUUUUAAAGCUUCCGCGUAAAUUAACUCUGUUUAAACAAUGUUGUGAUGUAAACCGUUUGUUAAACAACUUAUGGAUGUUUUAAUUAGUUGGUAGACAACUAUGUUUGUUACCUUAGAACUUAGUUCUUGAAACUAAGGUUU